AUGGAUAAUGUCAAGAAUUCAGGGGCCGAACACAUCGAAUUCCCCGAAAUGGGGGACACAUUAAAGGGCUCGGGCACUGUUGCUGUGCCAACAUCGUUGCAAGAUCUGACGCCAGAAGAGAUACAACGACGGGAGGCAAAGCUAGUUAGGAAGAUUGAUAUCAGGCUGCUCAUCAUGAUGGUGAUCAUGUACAUCUUGAACUAUUUGGAUCGCAACAACAUUGCAGCAGCGAAAUUGGCUGGUUUGCAAGCGGACCUAAACCUUAGAGGUGACCAAUACCAGGUGUGUGUUAGUAUCCUGUUCGUCGGUUAUCUUCUUAUGCAGGUUCCUUCGAACCUGAUCCUCAACAAGCUCGGAAAGCCUUCAAUCUAUCUACCUGGCUGUAUGGUAGCGUGGGGUGUCAUUUCGUGUUGCACUGCGGCCACCCACAACUUUGCUGGCUUGUUGGUCGUUCGGUUUCUACUCGGAUUCGUCGAGGCUGCAUACUUUCCCGGAUGUCUAUAUCUUCUAUCAGCCUGGUAUACCAGGAAAGAGUUGGGGAAACGGACCGCGUUGCUAUACGCAGGUUCAUUGAUCUCGGGUGCAUUCUCCGGUCUGAUCGCCGCCGGUAUCACGAGCGGCUUGAACGGCGCACGAGGCAUCGCUGCAUGGAGGUGGCUUUUCAUUAUUGAGGGAUCUCUAACGAUCUUUGCGGCUUUGAUCGCAUUUUUCAUUGUUCCCGAUCUACCCCGGACCACUUCGUGGCUAACAGAUGACGAGAAAGUCCUUGCGGCAUGGAGACUAGAAAAGGACAUUGGCGAAGAUGACUGGGUGGAUAAUGAACAUCAGAGCAUGACCAAGGGUGCAAAGCUCGCCGUCACGGACAUAAAGACUUGGCUAAUGCUAGGCGUCAUCUACGGAUGCACGUCUGCCGGAUGCGUAACAACCUUCUUUCCCAGCGUGAUGGCCGGACUUGGCCGUAACAACAUUGAUACCUUGCUUCUGACAACACCUCCAUAUCUUAUCGCUACCCUUGUUGUGUUGGUGCAUGCCUGGCAUGCAGACCGAACAGGCGAGCGAUACCUUCAUAUAGCACUCCCGCCUGUCGUUGCUAUUGUGGCAUUCAUAUUAUCAAUGGCAGGCAACAACUUCGCCGCUCGAUAUGUGGCAAUGUGCAUAAUGCUCGGUGGCAUUUACGCAGGUUACGUAGUGUCGUUGGGAUAUAUUUCAAACAUCCUCCCGCGCCCAGCCACAAAGCGGGCCGCUGCCUUGGCCUUAAUCAAUUGUCUCAGUAAUGUCUGCCAGAUCUAUAUGCCAUAUCUUUACCCUGACUCCGCCUCUCCUCGUUACAUCGCCGCCUUCAGUGUCAAUAUCGCUUUGCUUGCAAUGACCAUCGUAAUCGCCACCAUCCUUCGCAUUUAUUUGGGUAGAUUGAAUAAACAGCUCGAUGAAUUAGAAGGUGUUGAUCUCGCGCGGGCUCGUGAGAAUGAAGAACACGGCUUGCCUGGCCGGGCAGUGGCAGAGGGAUUCCGGUUCUUGCUCUAGUGGUUGGAAAGCUUUACGCCAUUUAUCCAGACUUAUGACCGAUUCUCCCUGUUUCGCACUAUAGUUUGUCUGUCGUAUCACGUGGCUUGAAAAUGGCCACAGAUGGCUCACUGC